AUGUUUCUACUUCCACGUCUGGUUUGGUUGCUGUUGUCGGUGAUUGUUUAUGAUGUAACAAGAACAUACUCGUCUGUAACUAAGAAUUGUCCAAAGGAGCAUGUGGCUGUAGGGCAUGCAUGGUAUACAAAACUUCUUCACUAUUUCACCUUAUUGGAUGUGGACAAUGACGGAAUUUUGGACCGCCGUGACUAUGUUGACAGGACUGUUGAAAGAGCUAGAAUUUAUUUUGGGGCCGACAAGAUAAAUGUUUUCAAUGAGACUCUAUCCAAAGGCUGGUUUACCUUCUGGUCCGUUCCAGAAGACAAAUGCAGAAAAAACGUAGACAUAGAGAACGCCAUUUGGAUACACCUGCGUGGAUUAGAAGGCAGGGAACUCGAAGAACCAUCAAGCGUUUUAUGGGAUAAGGGGGUAUUUAAAGCAGCAGAUGCCGAUGAAGAUGAAGGGAUGAGCGUCAAAGAACACAAAGCGUUCUGUCAAGUAUAUAACGUACGAAAGGGCAUCAACGAGUCUUUUAGUUACAUCGAUGAAAACCAAAAUGGUUGCAUCGACCAACAAGAGUUCAUUAAAGCAGCCGAGGAUUUCUUUUACAACGUCAACAAUGAGUCUUUGUUUUUUGGUGCUUGA